CCAUAUUUGCAAAAAGCCUCUUGCAAAUUUCUGGUUUUUUAGUAACGACGUAGUCGGUAAUUGCGAUGGAAACAGGCGCACAUCAAAGAGCUAAGAGCUGCCGGGUACGAGUUCUCGGACUAUAUUUGUAGACGGCCAUCAAAACAUAUUCUACGAAUCUUCAAUAAAAUUAAUACUACUUUUCAUCAUGGCUAAGCGCAAAAACAAUAGCAAUAACAACAGGAAUAAGAAGACAAAAAAUGGAAUAAAAGAAUCCAAGAAAAGCCGGAUUCCUGUCACCAUCUUGAGUGGAUUUCUUGGCAGCGGAAAAACGACUCUCCUAAAGUUUAUUCUCGGAUCGCCAGAUCAUGGUCUCAAGAUCGCUGUGAUUGUAAACGACAUGGCCGAACUCAAUAUUGACGGACAAACUAUUUCGAGAACGAAGAAAGAAGUAAUUACAUUGGAGAACGGCUGUAUCUGCUGCACGUUGCGUGGAGAUUUGAUUCAGGAGAUCCAACGAAUUCAAAAUGACACUACAAAUAACUUCGAUUAUGUGGUGAUAGAAUCUACAGGUAUUGCCGAGCCCCAGCAAGUCGCCGAAUCAUUUUGUGUUGACCCCGAUACAAUGGCGUUGGCCGGGAACGACGAGACCAUGCUUUGGAAUUCCGCGCGAUUGGACACUUGUGUCACAGUGGUAGAUGCCGCAAACUUUGCCGAUUACCUAUCGUCUCUAAAGCGAUUUCAAGACGUCUUCCACGAUGGACUCGACGAUUCAGAAGAAGGAGAGGGCGAGAAAAGUAUCAGCGAACUCAUGGUGGAGCAGGUUGAGUUCAGCAACGCAAUAAUUUUGAACAAAAUCGAUUUAGUUUCGGAGGAAAAAAUCGAAGUAACGAAAAGACUGAUUCGUACCCUUAAUCCAAAAGCCAAAGUAUUGACUGCUUCCUACGGCAAAAUUGAUCUCAAGGAGAUUUUGAACACUCGAAUGUUCAGCUUGGAGAGCGCAAGCAAGUCGCCUGGAUGGCUCGUAUCACUAGAAAAUGGCGCGAAGGCCGAUGUUGGGGAAGCAGAUGAAUAUGGCGUUGACUCCUUUAUUUUUCGUGCUCGAAAGCCGUUUCAUCCGCUGCGUCUCCAUAACUUCUUGAAACAAUUUUUUUGUUUUGCCCAUGACUGGAUUGUUUCCGACACCACUGAUGAUACUUCCGAUAAAAAUGUAGGCUCGCUCAAGCUUAGGAAAGAAUUGGACAAUCAAUAUGGUAGCAUCCUUCGUUCCAAGGGAACUUGUUGGAUUGCUGGUCGAGACCAACAUGAAAUGGAAUGGGCACAGGCAGGUCGCAUUGUUCAGAUUACUCCCGUUGCCCCUUGGUACUGUUUGCAGUCAAUUGAAGAAUGGGAUAUUGCUGAUACCGAUGAAGAACGAGAAAAAAUACAGAAGAAAAUAGAUGGACACGCCUAUGGGGAUAGAUGCCAGGAAGUCGUAUUAAUCGGCACGAAUCUGCAGCAAAAUGCAAUCGAGAAAAAACUGAGGGAUUGUCUUCUUACUGAUUUUGAAAUGAAAAAUCAUGACAUUGAAAAUUUGCCGAUUGGAAGCUAUCCAGACCCUCUGAAACCAAUUCUUGUGUCUUGUGACAAUGCCUCUAGUCUAUUCAUGAUUGCUCGAAAAGGACAAGACCAACAUUUUCGUGUUGUCCCUGGAUUUCAAUUAACUCUCACCAGUCUAGCUCUGAAUUAUCAGGAGGAUAGUGAUCAUAUCAGAGCAGUCAAAGUUUGGUUAGACCCAAACGAUGCUGUCUCUAAGGGCAUACUUCUUGCUACGCUUCGUCCGUGUACAUGCGAGCAACAUGCCCUAUCUUUGCCGUUGCUAUCAAAUGACGAAGUUGGAGAGAAGACAACUCUCAGUCGUAUUCGAAUCGAACUUAUACCAAAGAAUAAGAGACAGGAAAUUCCGAUGGAUAUUUUUGAAGUCCACAUUAGUGGGAACGUCGAGCCACUCCCCUAUUCUCCCGCAGAUUUUGAAGAAGACGAAGAAGAGAUGGACGAAGAGGAGUGCGACACUGGCAAUUGUCCCCAAUAAGUCAAGUGAAGAGGAGUUCGUGGCCUUUUGUUGCUUGGAUGAAAUGACUUCCUCAGGCAAAGCUUUGCUUCGGAUUUGUUGUGUAAUUCUUCGUACAAAAAUCGUCGAGUACGUACGGUACGGUAUGUAUCAGUCUUCGAAUAUUACAGAAAAUAAUACAAGUAAUACGUA